GAGCCGCUGCGUGUCCACGGGCAGGGACCCAAGCGGCUGGGCCGGCUGUGUUAGAAUUUAGUGCCAACCUUUAAAAAAGCAUUUCAACACAUUUUUGAGGCAUUCUAAAACACAGUACGUGAGGCUUCAGUAAUCAGGGGCAGUCAAAGACCUUCCGGCAAAUGCCGGGGGUUCGCCCCGCCGCAGCGCUGGGGAGCCACGGGGCGGGAGUGAGGUCGCCCGAGGGCAACCGGAGCCGCCGGGCAAAGCCGAGCCCCGGGAGCGGGGAAAGCCGCGGCGGCAGCGAGGGGCAGCCCCGCGUGAGCUACGCCGUUCCGACACCCACAGUGCUUUCCAUUGGGCUCAGCCGAGCGAAAGAGACUCGGGUUCAUAUCCCCCAAUCCGGGCUCCGCGAGACGGCAGAACGGUGAAGGAACCGAUCCCAGAGAAGGCACCGGGGAGCGCGGAAAGAGGGGACCGCGGCGGGACUGGGGAGCAAAACGACGGCACCACGAUUGACUGCGUUCCCGCCAGCGGGAGGGAAAUUCAGCCGGAAACUGUCAGGCAGCCCAAAAGCUCGAGACUGCAGCGGCAGCGGCGGCUCCACGUGCGUCUGCCUGGGACCGGAGGGGCGGUGGCGGCGGCGCGUCCGUCUCAUUCCGGAGCGGCGGCCGCACCCGGAGCCCGGCGAGGCGAUGGCGGAGCCCGGAGGCGGCCCCAGCCCAGGGUGCCAUCAGCGCGGCUGUAAAGCUGUUCCCGAGGCCGAGCUCCCGAAGGAUCUGCCAGCAGCACAACUGAUGUCUCGAGAGCAAGGCGCUGUUUGUUCCGGGCAGGCAGAUGUGAAUGAGCCCCAGCAUCUCCAGCAGGCACCAGCAGCCGCUGUUCCACACUUGCCUGGGGCCCAAGAAGUCUCUGGGCAUCAGCAGGGGGAUGCCACUUGUGAGCGUGCAGUGAGUGCAGAUGUGGAGAAUGGAUUCUGCACCAGUGAUGGGAGUGUGAGGGAGCCCCUGGUUCCCCAGGGCACAGCAGCAACCAACAAUGAACACAGAAGGAACCUCAAAAGAAUCCAAGGUGAACGGUUCAGGUGCCGUCUUGUGGGCACGGUGGUGCUGAUUCUGCUGCUCCUGGUGCUGGUGCUGGCUUUGGGGGCGGCCUUGGCUGUGCAGUCAGGUAAGGGAGGGGCAGCAGCCUGGGCCCAGCCCCUCGGGGCAGAGCGGGCUCCCUGCUCCCUGCACAGGGCAAUCCUCAGACCUUCUCCUCUUCCCCCUGCAGCAGCACCACAGGUUCCAGUUACACCUGCGACACCGCUGUUGGUUCUGGGCUGUCCCCCUGGCUGGGUUGGGUACAAUGGGGUCUGCUACUACUUCUCAAGGGAUAACAGCACCUGGGAGCAGGGCCAGGAAUGGUGCUCUGAGCUCGGGGCCUCCCUGGCCAUUGCCAAGGAUGAGGAGGCCAUGGAUUUGCUCUUCCGCCUCCGCGGGAACCGCGAUUUCUGGCUCGGGCUGCGCAGACGGGGCGAGCGCCUGCACUGGGGGGACGGCAGCAGCUACAGCUCCCGGUUUGAUGUCCUUGGCAAUUCCCAGUGUGUGUACCUGGCUGACAGGAGAUUGAGGAGUGACAACUGCUCCAGUGAGCGGCCGUAUGUCUGCAGCAAGGCCCAAGCUCCCCUGUAACAGGGGCUGCACAAAGCACCUUCUCCACGCUGGGCAGUGCCAGCUUCACCUCUGAGCCCGGCACGGGGCUGUCCUUCCUCAGCUGCACCCUGUGCCUUGCACUUCCUCUCAGGCUCACCUCAGGGCCUCUUCAUCCCCAGUGCCAGCGCUGGGCUGGGGCUGCAAAGGAAAAGUCUCUGCAAUCCAUCCUGCCCCCGAUGCUGCCUGCAGUGAGUGCAUUGCCCUCAUGACACAACAAGCUCGACUGGGAAAUCCUAAUGUGCCUGGCCUCUUGGAAAUCAUCACAAACUGGCCUGAAUGUGGCAAUUGUGAACUGUCCUUGGAAGAGGAGGAAGAACAGCUGACACGUGCUGAGGAGGAAUCCCAUUUUCGGCAUCAGGCACCUGACUGUGAAGAAGGGUCUGUCUGUCUGUCAGCUGCUCGUUUUCUCUCUCUAUCUCAGCUUCGGAGAAGGACGGUCAGAGCUGCUGCUUGGGGAAGGGAAUUCGCUGCCACGGCCACAACCCAGCCCAGAGCUGCUUCUCCUGCUGUGGGGCUGUGGGGUGAGUCUGUGCUUGUGAGAGCAGCCCCUGCACGGGCACCUCACUGUCACCCUCAGUGCCGGAGGGCCCUGUCCCCCCUGCUCGGGUGCCCGGGUCCCUGAGCUCGCCUCUCCCUGCCCGGCUCAGACCCGGCUGCCGCUGCCGCCAGCGCCCCUGCCGGCCGCGCCCGGAACUGCAGCGAGGGGAGAGGCGGGGCUGGGGCUGGGCCUGCUCGGGGCAGCGCUGCACCGAAAAAUUAAGCUGUUGUUAGUAUUACUCAUAAAGGAGUGUUU